GCCGAGAUCCGUGCGAGUGACUCAGACUGUCAGUAGCAGCGAGGCAGACACAGGCGUGGGGAAGGCAGCUCCAGAGAUCUGAGUCACUGACCCGUGCUCCUGUCUCUCUGCCAGGCUGUGAACCGCGAUGGACACCCCAUCUCAGAAGAGGGCCACACGGAGUGGGGCAGGUGGCACCCCGCUCUCUCCCACCCGCAUCACCCGCCUGCAGGAGAAGGAGGACCUGCAGGAGCUCAACGACCGGCUGGCCGUCUACAUUGACCGGGUGCGCUCGCUGGAGUCGGAAAAUGCAGGUCUCCGGCUGCGCAUCACCGAGUCCGAGGAGGUGGUGAGCCGCGAGGUGUCGGGCAUCAAGUCGGCCUACGAAUCGGAGCUGGCGGAUGCCCGCAAGACCUUGGAUUCUGUGGCCAAGGAGAGGGCACGACUGCAGCUGGAGCUGAGCAAAGUGCGGGAGGAGUUCAAGGAGCUGAAGGCACGGAAUGGCAAGAAGGAAGGGGACCUGCUGGCCGCUCAGGCUCGCCUCAAGGACCUGGAGGCCCUCCUCAACUCCAAAGAGGCUGCGCUCACCACCACCCUGGGGGAGAAGAGGAACCUGGAGAAUGAAAUCCGGGAGCUGAGGACGCAAGUGUCCAAGCUGGAAGCCGCCCUGGGCGAGGUGAAGAAGCAGCUGCAGGACGAGAUGCUGCGUCGGGUGGAUGCCGAGAACCGUCUGCAGACGCUGAAGGAAGAACUCGACUUCCAGAAGAACAUUUACAGCGAGGAACUUCGCGAGACCAAGCGUCGCCACGAGACCCGCCUGGUGGAGAUCGACAACGGCCGCCAGCGGGAGUUUGAGAGCAAGCUGGCCGACGCCCUCCAGGACCUGCGGGCCCAGCACGAAGCCCAGGUCAGACUGUACAAGGAGGAGCUGGAGAAGACCUAUGGCUCCAAGCUGGAGAACGCCAAGCAGUCGGCGGAGAGGAACAGCAGCAUGGUGGGUGCUGCCCAUGAAGAACUGCAGCAGUCGAGGAUCCGCAUUGACAGCCUCUCGGCCCAGCUCAGCCAGCUGCAGAAGCAGCUGGCUGCCAAGGAGUCGCAGCUGCGGGACCUGGAGGACGCACUGGGCCGGGAGCGGGAGACCAGCCGACGCAUCCUGUCCGACAAGGAGCGGGAGAUGGCGGACAUGCGGGCCAGGAUGCAGCAGCAGCUGGACGAGUACCAGGAGCUGCUGGACAUCAAGCUGGCCCUGGACAUGGAGAUCCAUGCCUACCGCAAGCUGCUGGAGGGAGAGGAGGAGAGGCUGAGGCUGUCUCCAAGCCCCACCUCCCAGAAGGGCUCCAGGAUCCACGUGAGCCACUCCACCACGCCGGGCUCCUCCAAGAAGAGGAAGCUGGAGGACGGGGAGCGCCGGACGAGCUUCUCCCAACAUGCAAGGACCAGCGGCCGCGUGGCCGUGGAAGAGGUUGAUCUGGAAGGGAAAUUUGUCCGUCUCAGGAACAAGUCCAACGAGGACCAGGCAAUGGGGAGCUGGCAGAUCAAGCGUCAGAAUGGAGACGAGGCCCCCAUCAGCUACCGCUUCCCUCCCAAGUUCACCCUGAAGGCCGGCCAGGUGGUCACGAUCUGGGCCUCCGGAGCUGGUGCCACCCAUAGCCCUCCCACUGACAUGGUGUGGAAGGCCCAAAGCUCUUGGGGCUCUGGAGACAGCCUGCGUACUGCCCUGAUCAACUCCAGCGGAGAGGAGGUGGCCAUGAGGAAGCUGGUACGCACGGUGAUCAUCAAUGAUGAGGAUGAGGAUGACGAUGACGAAGUCAGUGUCCACCACCGUCACCACCAUGCCCACUGCAGUGGCACAGGUGAUCCUGGGGAGUACAACCUGCGUUCCCGCACCGUGGUGUGUGGCACCUGUGGCCAACCGGCCGAGAAAGCCAGCGGGGGCCAGAAUGUCGCAGCCGGAUCCAUGUCCUCGGAAUCGUCCGCCUCUAGCCUCACCAUCACCCGCAGCUACCGCUCCCUUGGGGGAACUGGCGGGGGCAGCGGUGGCAGCCUUGGAGAAAACCUGGUGACCAGGUCCUACAUCCUGGGUAACUCCAACCCCCGCACUCAGGGUCCUCAAAACUGCAGCAUCAUGUAACCAGCAGAGGGCGCUCUCCUUGCUUACACCCUGCCAUAUCAUGCUAUUUUUUCCCCCAAGGCUAGAAAACCAUUCCCCCCCCCCCCCUUUAAAACAAAGGGGGGGUUUUGUG